AUGCCGUCGUAUCACUCAAAGCUAGUGCCCACCAAAUCGGUGGCAAACAUAGCGUUACUGCCCUUCCGGACCAAAUUCCGGGGACCCAUAAUGUCGGCACCGGGAGGAGACACCACACAACUCAACGGCCACGACAUGGAUAUCAUCGACGAGUCAUUGCUGUACUUCAAGCCCAACGUGUUCUUCAAGACGUUUGAGAUCCAGUCCAACGCCGACAGAGUUCUCAUAUAUUUGACACUUUAUAUCACCGAAUGUCUGAAACGACUGCAACGGCUCCAGACGAAGGAACACGGAUUGGCUGAGAUGUACGCCCUCGCCAUCAGUCGCUUCGAUAUACCCGGUAUGUCGAGGGCAACGGUUCCCACGUAUUCGGUCACCACGCCAUGA